AUGCCUACGCGCAUCAUUUUAGGCUUUGUGGACAAUGCGGCUUUUAACGGAGAUAAAACUAAAAAUCCGUUUCAUUUCCAAAACGUGGGAAUUACGAAAUUAGAUAUCAGUAUUAACGGAGAGAACAUGAGUACUCAUUGUUUCGAACCUAAUUUCAAUGAAGACUUAUAUCUGAGAUCUUAUCUGAGUUUACAUCAAGCACUGGGAAAAUUAGGAGAAGAUUGGGCCCCGGACAUCACCCUAGAAGAGUAUAAAAACGGAUACACUUUAUGGGGCUGGGAUUUCACUAAAGAUCAAGAGGCGCAAUCGGAUAAAUUCCACAUCAUAGAAACCGGAAAUCUGAGAGUAGAAGUCCAAUUUACGAACAAUACGGUGAACACCUUAAAUUGUGUGGUAUAUGCAGAAUUCGAUAAUCUGUUAGAAAUCAACAAACAGAGAGAAGUCAGUAUUGAUUAUUAA